CAGUCUUCUCCAGCCGGGCCGCCGCGCGUCCCGGGGGCCGGCCCCGCGAGCGCAGGAGUAAACACCGCCGGAGUCUCGGAGCCGCUGCAGAAGGGAAUAAAGAGAGAUGCAGGGAUUUGUGAGGUUACGGCGCCCCAGCUGCAAGAUGCACUAGCCGGCUGAACCCGGGGAUCGGCUGACUUGUUGGAACCGGAGUGUUCUGCACGGGAGCCUGGAUGAGUUGAAGUUGCUUUCCAGGGGCUCGUUUUCCACGCUGCCGAGAGGAAUCCGAGAGGCAAGGAAAUCACUUCGUCUUGCCAUUGAUUGGGCAUUGGGAGCUUUUUUUUUUUUUUCCCCCUCUCUUUCUUUUCCUCGGUCUUGUUGCAUGCAAGAGAAUUACAGUCCGCUGCUCGCCCGCCCUGGGUGCGAGAUAUUCCGCCCCGCUCUCUCCCGUCCAUUGUGCAACCCAAAGAUGAAAGACCGAAGGGGAGAAAGUUAAAGAAAUCGCCCACAUGCGCUGGAUCAGUCCACGGCUUGGGGAAAGGCAUCCAGAGAAGGUGGGAGCGGAGAGUUUGAAGUCUUUACGGGCGGGAAGAUGGCGGACUGGAGCUGAAAGUGUUGAUUGGGAAACUUGGGUGAUUCUUGUGUUUAUUUACAAUCCUCUUGACCCAGGCAGGACACAUGCAGGCCAAAAAACGCUAUUUCAUCCUGCUCUCAGCUGGCUCUUGUCUCGCCCUUUUGUUUUAUUUCGGAGGCUUGCAGUUUAGGGCAUCGAGAAGCCACAGCCGGAGAGAAGAGCACAGCGGUCGGAAUGGCUUGCACCACCCGAGUCCGGAUCAUUUCUGGCCCCGCUUCCCGGACGCUCUGCGCCCCUUCGUUCCCUGGGAUCAAUUGGAAAACGAGGAUUCCAGUGUGCACGUUUCGCCCCGGCAGAAGCGAGAGGCCAACUCGAGCAUCUAUAAAGGCAAGAAGUGCCGCAUGGAGUCCUGCUUCGAUUUCACCCUUUGCAAGAAAAACGGCUUCAAAGUCUACGUCUACCCACAGCAAAAAGGGGAGAAAAUCGCCGAAAGUUACCAAAACAUUCUAGCGGCCAUCGAGGGCUCCAGGUUCUAUACCUCGGACCCCAGCCAGGCGUGCCUCUUUGUCCUGAGUCUGGACACUUUAGACCGAGACCAGUUGUCACCUCAGUAUGUGCACAAUUUGAGAUCCAAAGUGCAGAGUCUCCACUUGUGGAACAACGGUAGGAAUCAUUUAAUUUUUAAUUUAUAUUCCGGCACUUGGCCUGACUACACCGAGGACGUGGGGUUUGACAUCGGCCAGGCGAUGCUGGCUAAAGCCAGCAUCAGUACUGAAAACUUCCGACCCAACUUUGAUGUUUCUAUUCCCCUCUUUUCUAAGGAUCAUCCCAGGACAGGAGGGGAGAGGGGGUUUUUGAAGUUUAACACUAUCCCUCCUCUCAGGAAGUACAUGCUGGUCUUCAAGGGGAAGAGGUACCUGACAGGGAUAGGGUCAGACACCAGGAAUGCCUUAUAUCACGUCCAUAACGGGGAGGACGUAGUGCUGCUCACCACCUGCAAGCAUGGCAAAGACUGGCAAAAGCACAAGGAUUCUCGCUGUGACCGGGACAACACCGAGUAUGAGAAGUAUGAUUAUCGGGAAAUGCUGCACAAUGCCACUUUCUGUCUGGUUCCUCGUGGUCGCAGGCUUGGGUCCUUCAGGUUCCUGGAGGCUCUGCAGGCCGCCUGUGUCCCUGUGAUGCUCAGCAAUGGAUGGGAGUUGCCAUUCUCUGAAGUGAUUAAUUGGAACCAAGCUGCCGUCAUAGGCGAUGAGAGAUUGUUAUUACAGAUUCCUUCUACAAUCAGGUCUAUUCAUCAGGAUAAAAUCCUAGCACUUAGACAGCAGACACAAUUCUUGUGGGAGGCUUAUUUUUCUUCAGUUGAGAAGAUUGUAUUAACUACACUAGAGAUUAUUCAGGACAGAAUAUUCAAGCACAUAUCACGUAACAGUUUAAUAUGGAACAAACAUCCUGGGGGAUUGUUCGUCCUACCACAGUAUUCGUCUUAUCUGGGAGAUUUCCCUUACUACUAUGCUAAUUUAGGUUUAAAGCCCCCCUCCAAAUUCACUGCAGUCAUCCACGCGGUGACCCCCCUGGUCUCUCAGUCCCAGCCAGUGUUGAAACUCCUCGUGGCUGCAGCCAAGUCCCAGUACUGUGCCCAGAUCAUAGUUCUAUGGAAUUGUGACAAGCCCCUUCCAGCCAAACACCGCUGGCCUGCCACUUCCGUGCCUGUCAUUGUCAUUGAAGGAGAAAGCAAGGUGAUGAGCAGCCGUUUCCUGCCCUAUGACAACAUCAUCACAGAUGCUGUACUCAGCCUUGACGAGGACACCGUGCUUUCAACCACGGAGGUGGAUUUUGCCUUCACCGUGUGGCAGAGUUUCCCCGAGAGGAUUGUGGGGUACCCCGCACGCAGCCAUUUCUGGGACAACUCUAAGGAGCGGUGGGGCUACACGUCCAAGUGGACAAACGACUACUCCAUGGUGUUGACGGGAGCUGCUAUUUACCACAAAUAUUAUCACUACCUUUACACCCAUUACCUGCCAGCCAGCCUGAAGAACAUGGUGGACCAAUUGGCCAACUGUGAGGACAUACUCAUGAAUUUCCUGGUGUCUGCUGUGACAAAAUUGCCUCCAAUCAAAGUGACCCAAAAGAAGCAGUAUAAGGAGACAAUGAUGGGACAGACCUCUCGGGCUUCCCGCUGGGCUGACCCUGACCACUUUGCCCAGCGACAGAGCUGCAUGAAUACGUUUGCCAGCUGGUUUGGCUACAUGCCGCUGAUCCACUCUCAGAUGAGGCUGGACCCCGUCCUCUUUAAAGACCAGGUCUCUAUUCUGCGGAAGAAAUACCGAGACAUCGAGCGGCUUUGAGGAACCCGGCCGAGUCGGGGAGGGGCCGCGAGAAGGGCUGGAGGACAGGGUCAGCUGUCUCUCUGCCGCGUGCAGGUCCGCUCAGCAGCGGAGCCAGAUUGUGCCAAGCAUCCAAAUAAACUAAGAUGAACAGAAUGACAGAAAAAAAAAAAAAAAUGGCCAAUGGAAACUCUACUCCUGACUCGGGGGACUGCACAGGACUGCUCCAGAUUCACCUCACUGGCUUCUAUGUCCCAAGACUAGGUUGUGUACAGUUUAAUUAUGGAACAUUAAAUAAUUAUUUUUGAAAUGAUUGCUAUGCAGGUUUAAACUUUUUUAAUGAUCAAAACUAUUAAAAACCAGAGUUCUUUCUUUAAUCAAAA